UUUUUAAAUUCACCAAUUCCAUAAUAUUUUGGUAACCCGUGUACCUCAAUUUUAUACUUUUCAGACGUAAAAUCAGCUCUUUCGAGGUAUGCAUAAGGAUUCUUUUCUACUUCGCCUUGAUACUCGUGUACUCCAUCUGUUAUAUCAGAUGAAUCAGCAAGCUCAAAGUUGUUAUCUGAAAAGCAAUGAUAAAACACUAAAGACAGUGUAUUUACCACAUAAAAAAUCAAUUAUAUUAGGUCGUUCUGAAGAGACAAAUAUUACUGAUACGCAAUGCUCUAGACAACAAGUACAACUAUAUGCAGACUAUGAGGAGCACAAAGUCUUUAUCCAACAAAUUGGACUUAGGCCCUGUGGUUUUAAUGGCUUUAAAACACGUAAAGACGUUAAAUUUAUAGGCGAUCAUGAUGAUAAUUUAGAAAUCUUAUAUGGAAAGCAUAUUUAUCAAAUUGAAUUUAAUCCUCCACCUUUUAAAACUAUUUUACCAAAGAAAAGAAAUAGGAGCACAGAGAUAUGUAAUGAAAAUGAAGAAAAUUCUCAUAAAAUAGUUAAAAUUGAGGAUGAUAAUAUUCAAAAUGAAGACCACAAAACUCAGGAAAAAGAAGCACGAAUAGAAAAGAAGCAUAUAAAAAAUACUCAUGAUAUUUUGAAAUUUAUAAACAGAAAUAAAAUAAUUUCUGAUAAACUUGAAGAUACAGAUAAUAUGAUAGAUCUAGAUACUGCUCAGGAUACAUGGGAAAGUAAGGAAAGUGGAGCAUUAUUAAUAUAUACAACACAGGGUGUGGAAAGUCGUUCAAAGAUAGCAGCAUAUGAUAUGGAUGGAACCUUAAUAAAAACAAAAUCUGGUUUAGUAUUUCCAAAGGAUUAUGAUGAUUGGCAACUUAUAUAUCCUGAUGUGCCAAAAAAAUUACACAAACUUCAUAAUGAUGGCUAUAAAAUAGUAAUUUUCACUAAUCAAGGAUCUAUUGGAUCUGGAAAGAUAAAUCCAAAAUUUUUCAAGAAUAAACUUAAAAAUAUAAUACAAAAAAUUAGGGUUCCGAUACAGAUAUUUAUAGCUACUGGAAGUAACAUCUAUAGAAAACCAGCAAUUGGAAUGUGGCAAAAACUGGAGGAGAAGAAUGAUUCUAUAUCAAUUGAUAAAGAUAAUUCCUUUUACGUUGGAGAUGCAGCCGGACGCCCAAAAAAUUGGGCUCCUGGAAAAAAGAAAGAUCAUUCGUCAGCUGACCGAUUGCUAGCACUUAAUUUGGGUUUAAAAUUUUACACACCAGAGGAACAUUUUCUCGGUCAUAAACAGGCCCAUUUUGAAUUGCCUACAUUUAAUCCAAAAAAUUUACCAGAUGGAGAGAUAUGCUCGGGAAGCAAUAUAACUUCAAGCAGUCAAGAAAUUAUUCUAAUGGUUGGUUGUCCUGGUUCUGGGAAAUCACAUUUUGUAAGAAAUUAUUUAAAACAUUAUGGAUAUGUUAAUAGAGAUACUCUGGGAAGUUGGCAGAAAUGUAUUACUAUAAUGGAAAAACACAUAAACGAAAAAGAUAGCGUAGUUAUAGAUAAUACUAAUCCUGAUUGCGUGUCAAGGCAGAGAUAUAUCGAAGUAGCGAAAAAAUAUAACAUACCCGUAAGAUGCUUCGUUAUGUUAACAAGUAUUGACCAUGCGAAACAUAACAAUAAGUUUCGGGAAUUAACCGAUCCUAGUCACGUUAAAGUUAACGACCUGGUUAUUAAUUCUUAUGUGAAAUCUUAUCAGCAACCAAGUUUAGAGGAAGGCUUUACAGAAAUUGUUCAUGUAAACUUCGUUCCAAAAUUUCGAAAAGAAGAAGAUCGUCAGUUUUAUGAAAUGUAUUUGCUUGAAAGAUAAAUGGAAUUUUGUUUACAAAGUA